AUGGGGGCUGGUGUUUCUUCACCAAAUAAAGCUGAAAAUGAAGAAGGGUCUAUUUCUCAAUCAUCAAGACCUGGUCUUGGUGAUAUCCCAGAGAGUUGCAUCUCUUCCUUGUUCAUGAAUCUUGAUCCACCCGAUAUAUGCAAAUUGGCAAGAGUGAAUAGGGCCUUUCACCGAGCUUCCUCGGCUGAUUUUGUGUGGGAAUCAAAGUUGCCACCAAGUUACAAGUUUCUUGCUGAUAAAGUUCUUGGUGAAGAAAAUAUUGCUACUAUGACCAAGAAAGAGAUUUAUGCAAAACUCAGCCUACCCAAUCGUUUUGAUGGUGGCGCCAAAGAAGUUUGGUUGGACAAAUGUAGUGGACAAGUUUGUUUGUUCAUGUCAUCCAAGUCCUUGAAGAUUACAGGAAUAGAUGACAGAAGAUACUGGAAUUAUAUCCCAACUGAAGAAUCCAGGUUCAAGAGUGUUGCAUAUCUGCAACAAAUGUGGUGGGUUGAAGUGGUAGGGGAGCUAGAGUUUGAAUUCCCUGCGGGGAGUUACAGCUUAGUUUUCAGACUCCAAUUGGGCAAAGCCUCGAAGAGAUUGGGCCGGCGCGUGUGCAACGUUGAUCAGGUUCAUGGUUGGGACAUCAAGCCCGUCCGAUUCCAACUAUCUACAUCCGACGGCCAGCAUUCACUCUCGGAGUGUUACUUGCGUGGGCCUGGGAAAUGGGUCUACUAUCAUGUCGGAGAUUUCGUUGUCGAAAAGCCCAAUGAGCUAACAAAUAUCAAGUUCUCCUUGGCCCAAAUAGACUGCACUCACACCAAAGGUGGGCUCUGCAUAGACAGUGCCAUUAUCUGCCCAACGGAGUUUAACGAAAGACUCAAACAAAGUUAG